UCAGUUUCAGUGUCCUGCUUCCUACUCCUCUGAGCUUCAAGCUCUUCUUCACAAGGCACACAGGUAUUUGCAUAAGUUAUAUUCGGCUCUAAAAGGGCGUUCAGUCACUCGGCUGUUGAUGAAGAAGACCCGGUGAGCGCGUUAUUGAGAGGGCAUCGAUCCUGCAGCGGAGAAGAAAUCAUCUUGCCUUGCUGCUCACAUUCUACGUGAAGCGACGGAUCGCACAGAGAAGCAUCAUUCAUAACUAACAGCCAUGGACCCCAGCAGCGCGCUUUUCUUUUCCCAAGGUCCAGCUCGCUGUUAGACAUCAGGAACCGGACCGUCAGACAGACAGACAGACAGGUGCAUCUACCACCGAGGAUCUCUCCUGUGGAUCUCUGACCUGAUUCAGUCGGAUAAGAGGAAUCUAACCUAGUGAGGGAGAAAUCCCAGCCAUGAUGAAUGCCUAGCACUGGCUUUCUUUUCCUGAGUCACCGAAGAGACCACGGCAUUGCCAUAACCUAUUACUGUAGAGGAUCUUUGGUUCCUGUCAGACCAACAGUGGCUCAAACUCACAGAGAAGAUCUUUGCAACUGCUCUGGAGGACUGACAAUCCUGCACCAUGCAUCUCACCACUCAAACCCUCUGCAUUCUUUUCCCUUUACUUUUUCUUAUCUCUUUCUCUACCCCUUCAAAUGCUGGCUCCCAUGAACUACGAUCCUCCCGUGCCAACUGUUCCCAAGGUGAUGCCUGCUCUGAUGGUGUGAUCCUACCUGUUUGGAACCCCCAGAAUCCCUCAGUGGGUGACAAGGUGGCUCGUGCCAUUGUCUACUUUGUGGCCUUGGUGUAUAUGUUUCUUGGUAUGUCGAUCAUUGCAGAUCGCUUUAUGUCUUCUAUUGAGGUAAUCACUUCCCAAGAAAAGGAGAUCACAAUCAAGAGGCCCAAUGGGGAGACCUGCACAGCUACAGUGCGCAUCUGGAAUGAGACUGUCUCCAACUUAACCCUUAUGGCUCUUGGAUCUUCAGCGCCAGAGAUCCUGCUUUCAGUCAUCGAGGUGUGUGGGCACCAAUUUCAGGCCGGAGAUCUCGGCCCAAGCACCAUCGUGGGCAGCGCUGCCUUCAACAUGUUUGUCAUUAUUGGCCUUUGUGUCUAUGUGGUGCCUGAUGGUGAGACCAGGAAGGUCAAGCAUCUUCGAGUCUUUUUUGUGACUGCGGCAUGGAGUGUCUUUGCCUAUGUCUGGCUUUAUGUCAUCCUCUGUGUGGUGUCCCCUGAUGAGGUGGAGAUCUGGGAGGCUGUGCUCACCUUCCUCUUCUUCCCUGUGUGUGUGGUGCAAGCUUGGGUUGCUGACCGCCGCCUCUUCUUCUACAAGUACAAUCGCAAGCACUACCGUGCCGACAAGAGCCACGGAAUUGUGGUGGAGACAGAAGGAGGUGAAGAAGGAGUGAAGGAGACAGCCUUCAACAAGAUGGACAUAUUGGAGCUGGACGGCAUGGCAGCACACCUGGAUGGAAUGUUGGGGGGAGAGGAUGGUCUUGGAGGACGUGAUCAUGAGGACGAGGCCAGGAGAGACAUGGCCAGGACGCUGAAAGAGCUUAAGCAAAAACAUCCAGAUAAAGACAUGGAGCAGCUGAUAGAGAUGGCCAACUAUCAGGUGCUGAUGCAGCAGCAAAAGAGCCGAGCAUUUUACCGUAUUCAGGCCACACGGAUGAUGACUGGAGCAGGGAACAUUCUGAAGAAGCAUGCAGCAGAUCAGGCCAGGAAGGUGGUGAGCAGUGGAGAGACACGGGAGCAGGAGGAUGACCCCUACACCACACGCAUGGAGUUCGAACCUGCACUCUAUCAGUGCUUUGAGAACUGUGGCCUGCUGAAACUCACAGUGGUGAGGCAUGGCGGAGAUCCAGGGUGCACUGUAAAGGUUGACUUUCGUACAGAAGAUGGCACUGCUAACGCCGGCUCUGAUUAUGAAUUUGCUGAAGGCACUUUGCUCUUCAAACCCGGGGAGACCCUAAAAGAACUGACUGUGGGCAUAAUCGAUGAUGACAUCUUUGAGGAGGAUGAGUACUUCUAUGUGCACCUGAGCAACCCGCGCAUUGUGGACGGGAGCGAUGGCCACCUGCCGGAUGGGGGUGCUCCGGUUUUGAGGGCGGCUCUAGGAGAGGCUCAUACUGCCACGGUGACCAUCUAUGAUGAUGACCACGCUGGAAUCUUCACAUUUGAGAGUGAGUCCACACGGGUCAGUGAGAGUGUGGGCAUCAUGCAGGUGAAGGUUCAGAGGACAUCUGGUGCCCGUGGGCUUGUUGUUGUCCCCUACCGCACCAUCGAUGGUACAGCCUGUGGUGGAGAAGACUACGAGGAAACAUCUGGAAAACUAGAGUUUAAAAAUGAUGAGACCAUGAAGAUUAUUGAAGUGAAGAUCAUUGAUGAUGAGGAAUAUGAGAAAAACAAAACCUUCACUAUUGAAUUGGGCGAGCCUGUUCUCCUGGAGAUUGGACAGAAACAUGGAGACUCCAAUGAAAACAAGCCUGCAGUGGGAGCAGAGGAAGAAGAGGUAGCUAAAAUGGGAUGCCCCAGUCUGGGAGACCACACCAGGAUGGAAGUGGUGAUUGAAGAGUCCUAUGAGUUUAAGAACACAGUAGAUAAGCUCAUUAAAAAGACCAAUCUGGCUCUGGUAGUUGGAAGCAGCAGCUGGAGGGAGCAGUUUGUCAGCGCAGUAACCGUAAGCGCAGGUGAUGAUGAUGAGGAAGAAAGUGGCGAAGAGCGCCUUCCUUCCUGCUUUGACUACAUCAUGCACUUCCUUACAGUCUUCUGGAAAGUUCUGUUUGCCUUCGUGCCUCCCACCGAAUACUGGAAUGGCUGGGCGUGUUUCAUCGUAUCGAUCAUUUUAAUUGGUCUCUUAACGGCAGUGACGGGGGAUCUGGCCUCCCACUUCGGCUGCACUGUUGGCCUGAAGGACUCCGUUACUGCCGUGGUGUUUGUAGCACUCGGCACCUCAGUACCAGACACGUUUGCCAGUAAGGUAGCUGCCAUUCAGGACCAGUAUGCUGACGCGUCCAUUGGGAACGUGACAGGCAGCAAUGCGGUGAACGUGUUUCUGGGCAUAGGUGUGGCGUGGACCAUCGCCGCUGUGUACUGGCGCAGCAAGGGCAAAAUCUUCCACGUGAAUCCAGGCUCUCUGGCCUUCUCUGUCACACUCUUCACUGCGCUUUGUGUGGUGUCUGUGAGCGUGCUGCUGUAUCGUCGGCGCCCCUCGGUGUCAGGAGGAGAACUGGGUGGCCCACGGACUUGCAAACUGGUCACAUCCUUGUUUUUCAUUGGUCUUUGGCUUAUUUACAUUUUACUGGCCUCACUGGAAGCAUACUGCCACAUUCCUGGAUUCUGAGACAGAAAUAAAGCAUGUGAAGAGACUUUAAGUUUACGUCUCACACUAGAUAAGCAGCUUCAUUAAGGAUUUAGUAUUUAAAUGAACUGUGAGUGUUCAUUUUCCACUAAAAAAUCUUCCCCUCUUUAAUCCUCUCAGUUCUCUAAAGAAGUACCUUACUGUGGAUUCUUUUGUCCCUUUGCCUUACUCGAUGAACUUGUUGGAAAAUUGUCUGUUCCAGUAACCAGUGAGCCUCCUUCCCUUAUUUCCCGUUUAAGCCAAUUCAAACUCCUGUGUCAGAUAGAAGGACGAUGCUUUUCUACACUUUUUGAAUGGCGUCCAGUGUCAGUACUGUUAUUGUGUAAUUGUCAAUAUGGUAUUUUAGAAAGAAAUUUAGACCAAGACAGACUGUCAGUGACUUAGUGGAUAAAAUGAUGUCUGUGCUAUAGAGUUCAUGAGCAUGCUUGCAAAAAAAAGCAUGUUUCCAUACCUAAGGGCAUUGUAAGAAAAAAAGAAGAAAUUCUUUGAAGGAAAACACACACUGAGGCAAUCUUCAGUCUGGACUUACAAAAGAAACAUAAAAGACCAUGAGAAAGGUUUGAAAACGAUUUGGAUGGUGCCGAAGAGCGCUUAUUUCAUUUACAUUUUACAUUUACAGCAUUUAGCAGACGCCCUUAUCCAGAGCGACUUACAUUUUUAUCAUUUUUUUUUUAUACAACUGAGCAAUUGAGGGUUAAGGGCCUUGCUCAGGGGCCCAGCAGUGGCAGCUUGGUGGACGUAGGAAUCGAACUCACAACCUUCCGAUUGGUAGUCCAACACCUUAACCACUAGGCUACCACAUCCCUAUUUCAAACUGCAUGAGUUGUUUUUUGUGGAUCCUGCUGACACCCAGAAGUACACUAAAGAGCUUUUCCAGUGAAGAGUUCCCACUGACACAUGAAGCUCAUUUGGUCCAAGGACGUGUUUAGUUUUUAUGUUUUGUUUUUUUCAGAACGGUUUAAGGCUCGGUACCUGAAUUUCAAGCAUGUUGUGAAGAAGAAAGAACUGAGCUACAGUGUACUAUAUAAGCAGUAUGAGGUGGCAUUUACAACAUGGACACCACCCCCAACACGCCAAGGGGAGAAGUGUUACUAUGGAAAUACUGAAUUGAAACAGGAAAUGACCUUUGCCAUGUGUGUUCAGUGCAUGUACACAUGCUCUGUCUCUGCUUGUGUCUACUGGAACUCACUGACUUUUAUGUGUCCAAAUAUUAUUAUUAUUAUUAUUAUUAUUAUUAUUAUUAUUAUUAUUAUUAUUAUUUUAUACUUUAUGUUGUUAAUGUCCAGAUUGAUUGGUACUGUACGUUAUCAGUCGUCACUGUUUCUCUGUGGUCAAACUCAGUAUGUGUUACAUCUGGCUUUAAAUAUGUGCUGUGAAGAUAAAGUGUCUGUGACUAUGUGUAUAAUGAUUGAAUAGGAGAGGGAGAAAUAACAGGCAAAGUUAUGACUACUUCCUCCUCCCUCUUCUUCUCCUCCCAUCUCAGUCCUCUGUAUUUCUGCGCUCAGAAUAGUCAUCCAUCACAAAGAGGAAACAGAGACAGAGAGGAAAAAGUAAAGGAGUGUGACAGAUUUAGUACUUGUGCGGAUCUUUAGCUAUUCUAAGUAGCUACUGAUGCCUGAUCCAU